AUGGGAGCAGCAGCAUCCAAGCAGGACACCGCGCCGCCCAAGCCGGCCGCACCAGCCGAGACCGCUUCGGACGACAAGCAGGCCCACCCCCUUCAGUUUGGCCGCUCGCUGCUCAACUCGCUCGACAAGACGCACGUCGAGGGUCCCAGCGCGGAUCGCCAGGCGACGCUCGACAGCUCGGUGCAGCAGCGGAUCAAGUCGGAGCUCGACCGCCUGCGCAAGGAGGAGGCCGAGGUGCGAUCGCAGAUCGAAAAGGCCAUUGAAAAGGAGAACCUCGAGCGCGAGUCGAAGCACAGCGGAGCAGAGGGCAAGAACUCCAACGUCCUCAGGCAGGAGCUCGACGAGGUCAGGAAGAAGAUCGAGAGGCACAGGCAAAAGUCCGACAUCUCGGCCUACGCCGGCGUCAAGGAGGCUCAGGAGCAGCUCGUCAAGUGCUACAAAUCACAACCGGAGCGAACGCUCGACUGCUGGAAGGAGGCCGAAGACUUCAAGGCCGCGGUCGCCAAGGCUGAAAAGGAGUUUAUCGCAUCGUUCAACUAG